UAAAAAAUUGAGCAGUUAAAAGUUUAAGAAAAAAUGGAUUUAGCUCUUAUGCUAUCAAAUAACUUUCUUACAUCUGUUCCAAAUUUCACACCUGAAAGACUGCAGUUUAUGAGUAAUAAUGAUAUAAACCAAUCAAUCGAAUGCAUUGAAUUUUUAAAAACAAAAGUUAACAAUACAGACGUAUCAAACCGUGGCGAUAAUUUGGUUUUGGUCAAAAAAUAUACUUUAAAGGUUUGUGAAACGUUUAUUUGUGCACUGCGGUUACGUAGAGGUUCAGGAAAUACUUUAGAGAUAUGUCAAGAUGUAGCAACUAUCAUAAGCAACGCUAAAGAACUUUGUGAAGACAUUUGGAAACUUAUUCAGAAAGAUAAAAAAGCUAUUUCAUUUGGUAAUGAAAUUUUACAAAAGGUGGAAAGAGAAGUAGUAAAUGAAAACCCUUCAAAUGAAAACAGUUCGUUUUUUGGUAAAGUUAAAGCGUAUUUUGCAUCGCUUGAUUCUUCGAAUGUAUAUGCAAUAGUCAGUAUUGCUCUGAUUUUAGGAUUGAUAGUCUUAAAGAAUAAAUGAUAAAUAAAGA